AUGUCAGAUUACGUGGCCCCAGUGACUGCCAUCUUGGUGCCACACCUAGGAGCUGUUGCUGGAGGUUUAUUUGCUCGAAGAAACCUGGAUGGAUGGUACGAGGGACUGAAAUACCCAUCCUGGCGACCUCCCAACAAAAUCUUCCCCGUGGUGUGGACGACACUCUACAGCAGCAUGGGGUAUGCCUCCUACCUGGUCUGGAGGGAUGGAGGGGGAUUCCGAGGGGAUGCAGCUGGACCUCUGGCCUUGUAUGGGACCCAGCUGGCUCUAAACUGGGCCUGGACUCCCAUCUUCUUUGGAUUGCGCAGUCCAAAAUGGGCAUUUGUAGACAGUGUUUGCUUACUGGGAGGCAUCGCAGGCACCAUCGCAGCCUUCUAUCGUGUGAAUGAGACGGCCGCCUUCGUGCUGUUUCCCUACUUUGGUUGGGUAGCCUUUGCUACCUAUCUCAACUACAGGAUCUGGAGAGAUAACCCUGAAAAGAAGGAAGAGUAA